UUUUUUUGGCGGAGCCGGGGCGCCCUCCGGAAGCUUUUCUAACUUUCCAGAAGUUUCUCGGGACGGGCGGGAGGUGGGGUGGGGGAACGCCAUAUAUAGAUCUGGAGAGCGGGGGCGCGGCGGAGAGUGGAAUCCGUUCGCGGCUCUAGUGCGGCACUGUGACUGCGGUCCCCGCGCCAGCCCAGCCCGGCCAGGUCCUCCGUGGUGCUCACAACCCACCUCCCAGCCAUGCGUGCCCUCAUGCUCAUCAGCACCUUCUGCCUACUGGCCAGAGCCCUGGCCGCCGAGGUGAAGAAACCCGCGGCCGCAGCAGCUCCCGGCCCGGCGGAGAAGCUGAGCCCCAAGGCGGCCACGUUGGCUGAGCGCAGCGCCGGCCUGGCCUUCAGCCUGUACCAGGCCAUGGCCAAGGACCAGGCGGUGGAGAACAUCCUGCUGUCGCCCGUGGUGGUGGCCUCGUCCCUGGGGCUAGUGUCGCUGGGCGGCAAGGCGGCCACCGCGUCGCAGGCCAAGGCGGUGCUGAGCGCCGAGCAGCUGCGCGACGAGGAGGUGCACGCGGGCCUGGGCGAGCUGCUGCGCUCGCUCAGCAACAGCACGGCGCGCAACGUGACCUGGAAGCUGGGCAGCCGCCUGUAUGGGCCCAGCUCGGUGAGCUUCGCAGACGACUUCGUGCGCAGCAGCAAGCAGCACUACAACUGCGAGCACUCCAAGAUCAACUUCCGCGACAAGCGCAGCGCCCUGCAGUCCAUCAACGAGUGGGCGGCGCAGACCACCGACGGCAAGCUGCCCGAGGUCACCAAGGACGUGGAGCGCACAGAUGGCGCGCUGCUGGUCAAUGCUAUGUUCUUCAAGCCACACUGGGAUGAGAGAUUCCACCACAAGAUGGUAGACAACCGAGGCUUCAUGGUGACCCGUUCCUAUACCGUGGGUGUCACCAUGAUGCACCGGACAGGUCUCUACAACUACUAUGAUGACGAGAAGGAGAAGCUGCAAAUUGUGGAGAUGCCCCUGGCGCACAAGCUCUCCAGCCUCAUCAUCAUCAUGCCCCACCACGUGGAGCCCCUUGAGCGCCUUGAGAAGCUGCUGACCAAAGAGCAGCUGAAGAUCUGGAUGGGGAAGAUGCAGAAGAAGGCUGUUGCCAUCUCCCUGCCCAAGGGUGUGGUGGAGGUGACCCACGACCUGCAGAAACACCUGGCUGGGCUGGGUCUGACUGAGGCCAUUGACAAGAACAAGGCAGACCUGUCUCGCAUGUCCGGCAAGAAGGACCUGUACCUGGCCAGUGUGUUCCACGCCACCGCCUUCGAGUGGGACACAGACGGCAACCCCUUCGACCAGGACAUCUAUGGGCGUGAGGAGCUGCGCAGCCCCAAGCUCUUCUACGCCGACCACCCCUUCAUCUUCCUGGUUCGAGACACCCAGAGCGGCUCCCUGCUGUUCAUUGGGCGCCUGGUCCGGCCCAAGGGCGACAAGAUGCGAGACGAGUUAUAGGGCCCCAGGGUGGGUGUGGGAUGGCAGGGGGCAGUGGGAGGCUCCUGAGACACAUGGGUGCUAUGGGGGUGGGGAGCUGAGGUACUGACCUUGGAUAGUCCACGGGGUGGGGGGUGGGAAAACAGGAUGACUGGCUGUGUCUGAGCAGACCUUCCCAGCCAGGAUUCAGUCUGCCUGGACACGGGCCCCCAGAUGUCAGGAUGCUGAGCCCAGAGACCCCACGUCCUGUGGGAGCUGGGCAGUAGUCGUGGAGCCCUGCCCUCAGCCCUGGGAUCCAGCCUGCCUCCGUCAGUGUUCAUAUUUAUAGCUGUGUGCUUUCUCAUCUGUGAGACGGAAUCGAGCUGGGGGUUCAGCCAAGCCCUCAUGGAAUGGGGGCCCUCUUCCUGAUACUACCACCACCUCAGCCCCUCCCCAGCUCCCUCCCAAUCUUCUAACUUCCCUCAACUAUAAAACUAGGUGCUGCAGCCCCUGGGACACGUACCCACCCCCCUCCAUGGGUCUCACCCCAGUGAGGGGGUCGGGUAUAGCUUAUGGGGGGGCAGGGGGAGCUCUUGGGCAGACUCCAGUCAGGCAUCAUGGGGAUGAACUUUUUUUUUUCCUUUUACAGAUUUUCAAAGAUGGGGAGGAAAGGGGGGAAAUGAGCCUUUGUUGCUGUCAAACAAAGAACUUAUUUGUACAAUUGUUUUUUUCAAUAAAAUUUUCCAGUGAAAUUUUG